AUGCUUCCUACUUCAGCUCACAACACUGUUACUCUGUUAUAUCCGUGUCUCCAGGAGAUUGGCAUAACUUCAGCUGUGUGUGCUGACUGCACAGCAAGUAGUAGGGAGACUGAUAAGAUCCUUCCAACUGUCUACAGUAUUACUUCUGCUAGCGACCCAGAUGGCAAUGGAGUAUUAGAACACUCCCUCUACCCCAGCACCUGCCCAGAGGGGUACUUCUUCAAUGCUGCCGAAAGUGUGAGGGAAUGUGAGAAGAUCGUCCCUGACACCAACUACUGCAAAGACCUCUGCAGCCCCUGUGCCUUACAGUGCCAAGAACCUGGAACUAUGUUGCCGUCUCCAACAGAUUGUCAGAUAUAUAAAAUCUGCCUUGAUAAUGGUGUCUUGGAUGUGUCGUGUCCACCUGAAUAUCCGAACUACAACUUCGAGACUUCAGAUUGUACCAACGACGACACUGUUUGCUACAACCUGUGUGACCCCUGCGAAGUGUAUUGCGUCGCUGAGGGCAAGAUUCCUGACCCCAAAAAUUGCAAUGGUUACUUGUAUUGUCACCCUCCUGAGGUGGCAUACUUUCUUUGCCCCGAAGGAGAGGCGUUUAACUCAGACUUACUCCUUUGUGAGCCCUUCGCUGGUAACUGUACUAACACCUGUUAGAUUUUUUUUUUGUAUUAAGGAUUUCCAUGUCUAAUAUUUGAAUAAAUUUAUUAGCGUUUCA